UAUACAAGGUUUGCCUAUAAGAGGAGACAACAAUGAUGAAAGAUCGAACUUCAUGACGUUCCUACAGGCCCGUGCAGAAGAUGUCGUGGAACUGAAAGCUUGGCUCCAAAGAGAUGGUCAUAAAUGGCUACACCACAGAAGUCAAAAUGAAAUCCUCGAACUAAUGGCCACCACAGUUUCAAUGGAAAUUAUAGAAGACAUAAGAAACGCCGAAUACUGCUCCAUUUUAUUGGAUGAAACCUCGGAUGUAUCCCGAAUCGAGCAAGUAUCUGUUUGUCUGAGAAUUGUUUCCGAAGAUUUGACAGCAAAAGAACACUUUAUUUCAUUUUUUUCGACUUCGGACACAAAGGCCAAAACAUUGUUCGAUCUUGUCGAAGAAAUCUUCCAAAAAUACAACUUGCCAUUGUCAAAAGUCAGGGGUCAGUGUUACGAUGGAGCUUCCAAUGUUUCUGGCAAUAUUUCGGGAUUGCAGACGCGAAUUCUUGAAAAAGAGUCUCGAGCAUUGUAUGUACACUGCAAUGCUCAUAAUUUAAAUCUCGUUGUCCAGGAUGCGAUUGAAAAUAUGUCAUCAGCAAGAAAAUGCAUUGGAAUAUUAAGAGAAAUUAUAAACUUUGUUAGAGACUCUCCAAAACGAAUUGCACAAUUCAGAAAUUUACAGAUUCAAGCGGAAAACGAGGGAGAGGAAAACUUGCCUUCUCUUGCAGCCUAUUGCCCGACCAGGUAUUGAU